AUGGCGGACGAGGAGGGCGCGGCGUCGAAGAAGCGGGUGCGCUCGGCCGAGCAGGUCGCCGCCCGCAAGCUGAAGAAGCAGAGGAAGAAAGCCGCGAAGGCCAACGGCGCCGCGGAGCCCGCCUCGCCGCCGGCCGCCGUGGCGACCGCGCCGCCCGCGGCGGCCCAGCCGAGCCCGGACGAUGCCGGCGGCACCGUCGCCGCCGCGCCUGCCGUCAAGCCGAAGCGCGUGCGCAACCGCAGCGAGGAGGAGGUCGCGGCGCGCAAGCAGAAGAAGCUCAACAAGAAGCUCGCGAAGCAGGCCAACGCUGCGGCCCAGCUGAAGGGCGCCGCGCCGCCUCCGCCGAACUUUGCUCCGCGGCAGACGCCUGAGCAACCUCAGGGCGCGGCGCCCGCGGACGACGCGGCGCCGGCCGAGGGGCUCGAGGCCGAGGUCAAGCUGCUGCGGAGGCUCCUGAGGGAGAAGGAGGAGGCGCUGGCGGCGGGGCGUCAGGUGACGAAGUUCGCGUUCGGCUUCGAGGGCGGCGAUACCGCGGAGGCCGCUGGGCCCGACGAGGACGACGCUGGCGCCGAGUCUGACCGGGAGGGCUCGGAGCAGGGGCAGGGGGGGAGUGAGGGCGCCGGGGAGGGUUGGGCGUGGGGCAACGCGGCGGGGAGCGAGCGGAAGGCUGCGGACUUCAAGGCGCGGCCCCGGGAGGGCGCUCAGGAUCCGCGGAAGGUGUACGUGGGCGGGAUGCCGUUCACGUACGACGAAGACGCGGUGCGCGCGGUGUGGGGGGAGUGCGGCGCGGUGUCUGACGUGGACAUGGUGACCUUCCCCGACUCAGGGCGGUUCCGCGGGAUCGCGAUGGUGACGUUCGAGGACGAGGAGGGCGCAAAGAAGGCGCUCGAGUACGACGGCACGGGCCUCGACGGCGGCACGCUCGUCGUGCGCCCCUACGUGCCCUCUGGCAGACAGCGGGGCAACCGCAACGACGGAGCGCCGACGCAGGGGCCCGAGAAGACCCCGGGGUACCUGGUGGCGUACGUCGGCAACCUGCCGACGGGCGAGGGCGCGGUGUCGGACGGCGACCUGCAGCGGCACUUCCGCGGCCUGACGCUGCGCAAAGUCAGACUGCACCGCGACGAGGCCGGCGCGUGCCGCGGCUUCGCGCACCUGCACUUCAAGUCCGAAGCCGGGCUGGACCGCGCGGUCAAGGACCUCAACGGCACGGAGCUGUUGGGACGCAAGCUGCGCGUGACGUACGCACGGCCCCCCCGGGACCGCGGGGACCCCGUGUGA